AUGGCACGAGCCAACAGUCCCCAGGAGGCAUUGCUCUGGGCCUUGAAGGACCUUGAGGAGAACAGUUUCAAGAUGCUGAAGUUCCACUUACGGGACAUGACCCAGUUUCAUCUGGCCCGAGGGGAACUGGAGGGUCUGAGUCGGGUUGACCUAGCAUCAAAACUGAUUUCAAUGUACGGAGCACCGGAAGCCGUGAGAGUGGUGAGCAGGAGCUUGCAGGCCAUGAACUUGAUGGAGCUUGUCAACUACCUCAGCCAGGUUUGUCUGCAUGAUUACAGAGAAAUCUACCGGGAGCAUGUGCGCUGCUUGGAGGAGAGGCAAGACUGGGGUGUUAACAGCAGUCGCAAUGAGCUGCUCAUGGUGGCCACAUCCAGUCCAGGGAGUCCCGGAUCGCCUCCCUGUUCGGACCUGCAACAGGAGUUGGGUCCUGUCAGUGUGGAGGCUUUAUUUACUCCGGAGGCAGAGUCCUACUCAACCCUGCCCAUAGUAGUGAUGCAAGGAUCUGCAGGCAUCGGUAAGACAACACUGGUAAAAAGACUGGUACAAGACUGGGCCAAAGGGAUCCUGUACCCAGGCCAGUUUGAUUAUGUUUUCUAUGUGAGCUGCAGAGACGUGGUCCUGCUGCCCAAGUGUGACCUGCCCAACCUCAUCUGCUGGUGUUGUGGAGAUAACCAAGCCCCAGUCACAGAGAUUCUGAGGCAGCCUGAGCGACUCCUGUUCAUCUUGGAUGGCUAUGACGAGUUGCAGAAGUCCAGUCGUGCAGAGAGUGUACUACACAUUCUAAUUAGGAGGAGGGAGGUACCAUGCUCUCUUAUCAUCACCACUCGGCCUCCGGCUUUGCAGAGUCUGGAGCCAAUGCUGGGUGAAAGGCGACAUGUCCAUGUCUUAGGCUUCUCUGAGCAGGAGAGGGAGAAUUAUUUCAACUCCUAUUUUAUGGAUAAGGAGCAAGCAAGAAAUACCCUCGAGUUUGUGCAAAACAAUGAUGUUCUUUACAAAGCAUGCCAGGUUCCGGGAAUUUGCUGGGUGGUCUGCUCCUGGCUGGAGAGGAAGAUGGCAAGAGGCCAGGAAGUCUCAGAGACACCUAGCAAUAGUACAGAUAUCUUCACUGCUUAUGUGUCCACCUUUCUGCCCACUGAUGGCAAUGAGGACAGCUCUGGGCUCACCCGUCACAGGGUGCUGAGAAGUCUGUGCUCCUUGGCAGCUGAGGGGAUCCAGCACCAGAGGCUGCUAUUUGAAGAAAAUAUCCUAAGAAAGCACAGUUUAGAUGGUCCCAGCCUCACUGCCUUUCUGAACAGCAUCGACUACCGAGAGGGGUUUAGCAUCAAGAAACUCUACAGCUUUCGACAUAUCAGCUUCCAGGAAUUUUUCUAUGCCAUGUCCUUCCUUGUGAAGGAGGACCAGAAUCAGCAGGGGGAGGCAACACGCAGAGAAGUAGCAAAGCUACUGGAGCAGGAGAAAUAUGAAGAUAUGACUCUCAGUUUGCAGUUCUUGUUUGACAUGUUGAAAAUAGAGGGCACUUUGAGCUUGGGGCUGACGUUCUACUUCAAAAUUGCUCCCUCGGUAAGACGGGAGCUGAAUUAUUUUAAAGAACGAAUACAAACUAUAAAGUGCAACAGGUCGUGGGAUUUGGAAUUCUCUCUCUAUGAUUCUAAAAUAAAGAAGCUCACACAAGGUAUCCACAUGAAAGAUAUCACCGUUAACAUACAACGUUCAGGUGAAAAGAAACCUGGUAAGAGGAAGACAGUUACAGUGGAAAGCAGCCUUGGAAAGGGGCAGGUACAGAGUCCUCUCUUGAAAACCAAUAAUAGCACAGAGAAACAAAAGGGAGCUUCUAAUGGGAAGAGCAGAGAGACAGAGGAACCUACUGGGAAGGUUAGAAACAGUAGGCUGGCAGAUACAGAAAGAGGGAAUAUGGAGAUGAAGGGUCAGGAGGGUGGUGGGGUGGAGAGACAGGAGGAUGGGAAAGGACAGAGAGUUACAAAGGAUGGAGAGAUGAGGGAUCAGAUGAAUGGGUACCAGAGAGAGUGAAGGACACAGAGACAAAUAGAAGGGAGAAUGGCAUAAUCAAG